AUGGCCUUCGAAGAUUGUGAGAAGACUUCUUUUAUCACACCAUGGGGAACUUUCUGCUAUCGGAUUAUGUCUUUUGGGCUGAAGAAUGCAGGAGCUACAUUUCAGCGAGCCAUGACUGCCUUACUGGAAAAGUUCAAGCUUCGCCUCAACCCGCAAAAAUGCGUCUUUGGAGCAACCGGAGGCAAGCUAUUAAGCUUCAUCGUCAGUGAAGAUGGCAUCCGAGUGGACGAAACCAAGACCAAAGCAAUCAUCGAGAUGCCACCGCCCAAUACUAAAAAAGAGAUUCGGGAUUUCCUCGGAAGGAUCCAGAUCGUAAAAUGGCAACUGCUGCUUUCUAAGUUCGACGUCACCUAUGUCACUCAAAAGUCUAAGAGAAGCCAUAAUCUUCUUGUGAAGAAGUUACAAGUCUUUGGAGACUCACAACUCAUCAUCAAUCAGAUGAAUGGCGACUGGAGGACCAAGGAUGAAAAGCUGAUCCCAUAUCACGUCUAUUUGGAGAAUAUGACUGAGGAGUUUGAAGAGAACACAUUUUUUUACAUGCCCCAAGCCAAGAACCAAUUUGCGGACACUCUGGCUACCCUCGCCUCGAUGUUGAAAAUCCCGAAAGGAGUUGCUGAAUGGGAACUCACCGUCAAACUCCAGGAAGAACUUGCAUUCUGCUUAUAG